UACAACUAUGUCAGGAUAUGUGACAACCUAAACACAUCUAAGGACAUUAAGAAAACGAACUUCAAUGAGACUCCCAAGAAAUAGAAAAAUAUUCACAUUAUGCGCAAUUUAAUAAUCACUAUUAGCUGCCCUGCAAAUGCAAUUGUUAUGAGAAAGCCAUUAAUGUUACUCUUUGUCAUCUGUGAUAAUUAUAAUCUCUGUCGUUGUGGGUUUGUGUAAAUGUGUAGUUUGGUUGUAAUUGCACGUAUAAAAUAAUCAUAUUUUAAUUAAUAAUAUAGUAAUGUUUCGUAGCUUAUCUCCUCAUUAUUUCUCUAUUGAAGACAUAUUUGCCACACAAGAACGGCUGCCGUGCAAGUUUGUGGUUCCUGUACAUCGUCUAGGUUUCCUGGAUCCAUCUUCUGAAAGUGAAGACAUUGCAGUAGGAACUAGUAUUGAACUUCCUUUCUGGCUUGCACAAACACUGUGCUCUCAAAGGCGCAACAUAGUUACAGUUGAGAUACCAAAAAUAUAUAAAGAAGCUUAUAGAGAAAUUUUGAAAGCGGAUGCAUGUGUUGUUGAUCUUCACAAGUUCGGUUUAUUCUUUUAUGAAUUUGGCACUUACCUUUCUCGGCUUGAACAUCGAGAUUCAGCAGUAAUUGGAUCUGUACUUGUACAGACAUUCAAGGAGAGAUUUCGUCAAGUAAUGGACUGGGCUCAUAAUUCUGGAACAGACCCAGCAAUAAUCCAGCGCUUGGAUUCUUUGGAAAAGGCAUUGUUUCGAGAAGGACAUCAGACUCGAGCACAACUAGAUGCCUGGCUUAAUGCAGGAACAGGUCUUAUCACUGCAGCUGAAAUGGUUGUUAAUCAUAAGAAACGCAAACUUGCGGUUCUUGACGACUUCUGAAAACUGGUAACAUACUAUAAUUAUGUUUUACUGUGUGAUACAAUUACAUGCAUAAGAGUUCAUAAAAUGUUAUAGACAAGACUUUUCUAUUCAAACAGUUGCAUUGUGUUCAUUGAGAAUCUUAAUACAAGUAACUUGGAAAUUGCACUUUUCAGGCAUGAUGAGAUAGUUGUAAAACUGGUGACAACAAAAUUGAAAUUGAUUCACUUGGCCUCAACUGCAGCAUGCAUUUGUCAUAAUCCCAUAAUGUAGUUAUUGGCUUCUCACUUGAGGAUCUCAUUAUAAUGAGGUCUUGUGACAAGCUAUGAACCACAUCUCAGAAGAACCCUAAUAUGACAGUAGCACAUGUAAUAAUCAAGUCUGAGGUCACCCACUUAACAUGGAUUGAUUUUGGAGACUUUGAAUACCUCUUUUAGCCUAGGUCUGGAUGUUGGGGCAGAUGAAUUUUUUAUGUGGCUAUGGAUUGAAGUAGUAUUUCGGGAACAUUUUGUUAUUUAAACAAUAUUCCAUACAGAAUUUGUAGGUAAGUUUAUAAUUUAUCUCCUUGCUAAAUUUCAUAUGAUUACCUAGUUACAAUGGUUCAUUUAUUUUUGCUGUCAAAUUGAAAGCUAAAUAAGUUACAGGUUUCAUGCAAUUGCUAUGUUGUUUUACAGGCUUAAAAGAAAAAUUACCCCGACAAAAACUGGGGUUGAUAUUGAAAAGCUAGUGUGGGUAAAUGGCUUCUGUCUGUUCUUUCCAGGUAGUCUAAGCAGCUCUUUUGAUAUAAUUUUGUGUCUUCUUAGGUAGUUCACUUUCAACCUAUUACAAAUGUCAUGAUGUCUCUGGUGGUCCAAUUUUGUAGGGCCUAAUAAUGGUCUCAGGAACCUCAUUUGUGUGCCUUACAGUUUUGGGCAUGUCUUGUUUAUAAUUCAGUUUUCACUGCCAUAGCACAAGCAGCUUCAGAAGUAAUGUUAUGUAUUCGUAAUUUUGUCUGUUAUCAUGCGUUUCCCAGAGUGACCUUUUAUUAUACCUUUGUAGCUUUAUAUUGAUAUUCUUAUCAUCAUUUUAUAUUACAUACCCUAAGUAAUUAAAAUUAGAAACUUGUUCUAUAAUUUUUCCUUUAAUUUCUGUUUUGGCCCUUCUCAUGAGCUUUUGAAAGAGGAUAUCUUCAUGUUAUAUUAUUUAAUGAUUUUUAUGUAGUUCAUUUACUGCCUUUUGUAGCUCGUCCUCAGAUUUUGAUAUUAUAACUUGAUUAUCCACAUUCAGUAUUGUUUCAGUUCUUUUCCCAGAGGUCAAUUGGAUGCUAUUUUAGCUGUUUUUUUCCAUUCUUUUAUAGCUUUAUUAGUGUAAAUGUUAAACAAGUCUGGCAAUAAUCCACAUACUUGUCUUACUCUAUGGUGUUGAUUGGUUCUCAGAUUUGUCCUUCACUAUAUUUUACGCAUAUAUUUUUGUACAAACCCUGUAUUGCUUUUAAAAGUUGUGUUGGUGUGUUCUCCUCCAUUAAAAUCUACCAUAGCGUUUCCCGGUUUAAGUUGUAUGGUUAUUCAUAAUCAACAAAAAGGAUAAAUGUUGGUAAAUUAAAUUCUCUUCAUUUUUCAAGGAUCUCAAAUGUCAAAUAACCACACAAAUUUUGUAUUUAGUGAUAGUGGUCAUUGUCUUCAUCACUGAACAUUAAAUCUUGAACAUAAUUUCCAAAAAUACUGUUAUUGUAAAGUAAUGCUAAAUACCCAUGUGAGUUUGGGAUGUCUCCAGCAGUAGGUAAGAACAGAGAACCAAAGAGAAAAAUCAAGCCCUCUGGUUGUACAGCCUGUAGCCAGCCAUUUUACUGGUUGAACUAUCUCAGCUCAUUUGUUGUUGUUGUUUCUUGGCUCUACAACCCAUUUGUGGGUCUUUGCCGCCUCCUAUUUGGAGGUUUCCUAGUCUUUGAAGUGUGCAUUUGUGAGUAGUGAGUGACCAGUCCACUGACUCUGCACAAUUUCUACUCAGUCCUGAUCUGACUGCCAGAGCCAUCUAGCGGUGAAUCAGGAGACUUGGGUGAGAAAUGACCGCUGAAUUUUGGUUACGAAAGAUCUCGUUCAUGCUUGUAAGGUUCUUUUACAUGCUGUAAAUCUACUUUACUUCCCCUACAAAGAAGGAAGUUGUGCUAUGGAUUUUUAUCACCCUUAAAAAUCCUUUGACCUCGGUUUGGUUUGAACCCGUGAACCUUGGAUCUAGUGGUGAGCACGCUAACCACUAGUCCACCGAGGGCAACCUCAGCUCGUUUGACUAAGUAAUAAAUAACAUUUAAAGAAAUUUAUUGCACAUCUGCACAUGUUAUUGUUCACUGAUAUUUACAUCAGCUUGACUCCUGUUAAGAUAGAGCUUUAUCCAUGCUGUCUUUACGUGUACAUAUUUCUCUUCUGUGUUUACUCUCCAUUCUGUGUUUUGUGUACGUUCCAUCACUUAGUAUCUGCAUUACUCGUUGGUAAUUUAUUCUUCCGAUUAAUUCUUUAUAUGCUUCCAAGGGAAUCACACAUGUUACACCGUGUCAAAUACUGUUUUUUUUAAAUAUGUAAUUUCUCUUGUGCUGGAACCGCAAGAAAUUGGACAAUGUUAUAUUAAUGUAAUAUGUAUAUUUCUAUAAUUUUUAUUGUAUGAUAUAGCAGCAUAUCAUUUACUCACUGCUUUAGCAUAGGAGAAUAAGAAACGUGGUUUGUAUCUGUCAGUUUAUAUAUAAUACACUGUUUAUUAUUGCAUGUUAACAGUUAAGAACAAUGAACACAGGCAUACCAGAGGUAGACAAAUUAUCCUGUAUGUACAGUAAUUUACAUGUUAACAAACCACCCAUAUAUACUCCCUCACUAGAAGUUAGUUAUUUUACAUUUGGAUCACCCAAGUUGGAAUCCAGGUGCAUGAGUUGAACUAUGUUAACAAAGGUACAAUGUAGAUGUGAGACAAACAGAGUUCUUUUAUGAACAUUCAGAUGUUUCAUAAUGUAUGGCACAAGUAGGUUUUAUUCCUUCUUGGAUUUGAUCAUCCAGACAACAGAAUCUAACAACAUUUAGUAGGUCUCAGGAAAUAUUUCCCAAGAGGUGUUAUGUGUUAGAGUUAUGGACUAAGGCUUUUGACUGUAUCUGUGAAUUUAACCCAUUAAAGAUGAAUUUAAUUUGCUUUCA